CCGGGAGGUGAGGGGAGGAGACGAAGAGGAAACAGCGGCAGAACCGGGGGGUGGAGAGUCCGGUAACGGGGAUCGGGAUGGCAGGGCAGGACCCCGGCCCUUCAUCGUGUGACUGUUUCGUGGCGCUGCCCCCUCACACGGCGGCUCCGUUCGUGAUAUUCGGGAAAAACGCCGACCGGCCGCGGCACGAAGUGCAGGAAAUCGUCCAUAUCCCGUCCCGUAUCCACCCCCCCGGGGACAAAGUGCGGUGCACCUACAUUGAGAUACAACAAGUGGAGCGAACCCACGCCGUGGUCCUGAGCCGUCCCGCGUGGCUGUGGGGUGCUGAGAUGGGAGCCAACGAGCACGGGGUCUGCGUGGGCAAUGAGGGCGUGUGGACCCGUGAGCCCAUAGGGGAGGACGAGGCGCUGCUGGGGAUGGACUUAGUGAGGUUGGGCUUGGAGAGGGGCGGCUCUGCUAAGGAAGCAUUGGAGGUGAUGACAGCACUGCUGGAGCAGCACGGGCAGGGGGGGAGCUGCAAGGAGGAGCCCAUUCCCUUUGUGUAUCACAACACCUUCCUGCUGGCUGACCGGCACGAAGCCUGGGUGCUGGAGACAGCCGGCCGCUAUUGGGCUGCACAGCGGAUCCGAGAGGGCAGCCGUAAUAUCUCCAACCAGCUCAGCAUCGGGACGGAUAUCACAGCUGAGCACCCAGAGCUGCGACAGCGAGCACGGAGUCAGGGCUGGUGGAAUGGGGAUGGACAGUUCAGCUUUGCUGAGGUUUUCUCCUUGGAGAAGCAGCCACCGCGAAUGGAGGCUGCUAAAACACGCUAUCGGGCUGGGAAGGAGCUGCUGCAACUGCAUGCAGGUCGCAUCACAGCAGAGACGUUCAUGGCCAUCCUGAGGGAUAAGGCCAGUGGUAUCUGUGUGGACUCGGAGGGUUUCCGCACAGCAGGCAGCAUGGUGUCCAUACUGCCCCAGGACCCUGCCUUGCCCUGCAUCCAUUUCUUCACGGCCACUCCGGACCCUUCCAGGUCUGUCUUCAAGCCCUUCAUCUUCGUGCCCGGCCUUAAGCCUGUGCCGCAGGUUUGCUCUCCCACCUUCAGCAAUGACCCUGCUAAGAAGGUGCCACGAUUCCAGAGCACGGUUGAUCGGAGGCACGAGCUCUAUCGCCGGCACCAGGCAGCGCUGGAGCUGAUGGAGAAGGAUCAGGAGCAGGGCAAGAAGCUCCUGCAGACCCUGCGGGAGCUGGAGAAGCAGGGCCUGGAUGCAGUGAAUGCUCUGCUGGAGGGGAACGUGGCCCCAAGGCUGGAGGAGUUGGCUGAGCUUUUCUUUGACUGCGUGGAUGCAGAGAUGAAGUUUUACAAAUAAACCCCAUGUUGGGAUUGGGGAGGAGCUGAGCUCAGGCUCCAGCUCAGCCCCCACAGCACUGCUCCCACCUAUGGGUCAGAAACCCUUCCCAGUGCCCUUCUAUAGUUCCUCUCCUCCUCUCAUUCUGGAGCUGUGGAAGGGAACGGCUCCACCAGCACCUCCAGCCCUGAACAAUCAAUUGGUGCUCAUGGGGGUGGCAGACAGAGAUUGAUGUAAGAAUAAAGAGGCUUUAAUUCCAA